AUGGAUGAAUGUGCUCGUUGCAACACUCGCUGGUUCGAUCAGCAUCUCAGCUCUCAGCAGAUUUGCCGCAAGUGUAAUGAUGCUGAUCGCAGAAAGGCUGACGAGGAACCUUUCUUCUAUAGUCAGGAGAAUCAUCUUGAUUUUGGUGAUGUCCCGGAAUAUCUCCCUGAACUCUCCCAGGUGGAAGAGAUGCUUAUUGCACGAGCUCAUGUGCAUGUGCAGUUGCCUGAAGACGGCAAUGUUGCUUCCAGCGUCCUUAACGAGAUCGUCCCAGAUGUUGAUAUUGAGGAAACUGUUGAUGAGGCUGACCUUCCGGCUGAAGACGACUUUGACGGGUUUGCCGUGCCAAACAUGAUUACUGGCCAGACUGAACUCGAGGAACUUCGCAGCUUCUUAGAGCAAGAGCCGGCCCAACCGAACGAACAAGUGCCUUUGAGAGAGGCAGAACCACGGUCUGAGCCGUAUAUUCUUGAUCUUGAACAACUUCGAGCUGCCUUCGUUCAUGACACUCCUGAAUCUGCCACUUUGCUCAAAUCGAUUGUUCGCUAUUCUGGCAGCAUCCGUGGCACCCGCCCCUUUUGGAUUGGCAAACGUCAAGGUCUUGAGGCCAUGGUUCGAGGUCUUGGUUGCCCUGGCACCUUUAUGACCUUCUCAGCUGCCGACGUUCAUUGGGAUAGUCUUCACAGGCAUAUGCCAAAUUACGAGCAGUGGCUUGCAGCUGACCAUCGCGAGAAGAUGCGAAUUGCGACCUCGAACUUGCGUGAUAACCCUCACAUUGCUGCCUAUCACUUCCAUCAUCGUUUUACGCAGUUUCUCAAGUUCGUGCUCAAGCUAAAGCUCAAUAUUAUUGACCAUUGUCUAUCUACGGAGUUCAACGAUGCCGUUACCAAGUUGACCUUUGAGCAGGCUUGGGGUACCUUCGUCUCUGCUUUUAAUCCUGAACCCACUCGACCAAUGAUUCCUGCCGCCGAGGCUAUCAUGCCCAAGAUCAGCAGCCGCCAGCCGCUUGUGAGCUUUGUCUCCAAGUUUAUGAAUAAAAUUGCAAUAGAACGAGAUUGGUCUGCGCAAGAACUUCUACGCAGCGAGGUUAUCGAGGAUACUGGUGUUCGAGCGACUGUUUUAUUGUAUGAGAAGUAUCUUCGACGCUCUGACGAGUGGGAAAGCCUUAUAUACUUCACUUCCCUCACUCAAAUUGACCACAAUCAGCAUACUUGGCGACCCUUUCCAAUAGCAGCUAACCGGAUCCUCAACUAUUUCCCGCGUUAUCGUUCAGAGGUUGAGCAUGGUACCCGUGAAGACUACUGCCGUAUUCGUCUUAUGCUGCACCAUCCUUACCAGUCAGUUGAUCAGUUGAAGAUAGUAGAGGGUGAAGUCUUUGAGACCUUUACUGCCGCCUUUGAAUAUUGCGAAGAGGUCCACCAAGGGGCGUAUCCUGAUGACUACUAUACUGAACUGCCACCUGCCCAACCGCUUGACUUUGAAGAAGAGCCUGGAGAGGAAGAAGAGCUGCCCUAA